AUGUCAUGGAAAAAGGCAAAGUUUGAUUUGCAAAAGGCUGUAAAUACACCAAUAAAUAGUACAUCUGAUGUAUCUGCUGAACAUUUGCAUGAUAAAAUGAAGCGUUUGGAAACAUUUUUGUCUGGACAUAACAUUGAGGUUGCUGGCAAGACAAUUUGUAUAAAUGUCUGUUCUGAAGGAAAAUAUUUUUGUUUGGAUCUCCUUGCAAAAAAAAUAGUUGGUCAGGGUGAAAGUCAAAUAUCCUCAAGACCAGAAGCAGCAUUUCCACUUGCAGCAUUAACAGUAUUUUUAUGUCAAAAGUAUCCUGAUCUACUAAAAUUAUUUCUUGCCCAUCUUUAUAAGAAAUGUCCUUAUCUAGUUCCUUAUUAUAUACCCCGUAAAGAAGGACAGAGUGAAGACGAUUACUAUAGACAACUGGGAUAUGUUUACUCUGAAGGUGUUAUUGAAAAGCAAGUUAUGUUUUUGAAGAGAAUGAGUGGAAUAGUUCGCCUUUAUGCUGCUGUCAUUCAAACUCCUCCCAUUUUGAACAGUCCACAUCCACAUGGAAUGAAACAUGCAUGGAUUUGGUUGGCUAGACUCUUAAAUUUGGAACCACGAUCAGAUAUCACUGCAACAAUUCUAGUAGAUUUUCUUGAAGUUGCUGGCUACGUAAUGCAAAAGACUUACGGAAAGCAGUUUCAAAAACUUAUUGAAGCAUUAGCUAUUGAAUUUCUUCCAAAAAUAAAACAGGCUACAUUACCUGGAUCUGGUGGACCUCUCCAAAGAUUAGAAAGUUUUCUAGAAGAAUACUUUAAGAAAGGCACAGUCCCUCAACCAUCAGGUAUCCUUGAUUCUACCUUUUGGAAGAUAUCAUAAGACUUUGGUUAAUGAAAAUUAUGUCAACAAAUCAGUUUAAAUUUAGUUAAGCUCACAAAUUGGCAUACAGAUAUGAUUAAAUUUUAAAAAUGGUUUACUUCUAGAAUUUUACCUUUUUUUUUUUUUUUAAGUUAAG